CGUGAAUUUUGUUCUCUAAGAUAGCAAAACAGGGUUUGGUUUUAUGUUGAUUUAUGGAAAUGGUGAUAUAUAUAACUUGACUUUAUUUGAAUGGUGUGGUGGUUUGGCUUCCCUCCACUGAUUAUAAAUAAGGUCGAAGAUGUGGUGUUCAUAAAAAUUUGGUAUUGUUCAAGCAUUGGGACCUUAAUGUUGGCUUUAGUUCACAGAGGUUUAAUUCUGGGACUGUGUGUCUAACGCCAACACAAUUGAGAACACCACCAAUUACAGAAAGAAAUUAGUGUAGAGAAUGUUUUAGAAAAAUCUCUACACUAAAAUAUUUUUGCAGAAAGAAACAACACUCUCAUCUUCAUCCCUCCUUCACCCCCACCGCCCGAGCUUCUCACCAUGCUCACCAUUUCCUAUUACCAUCAGCUUUACCUCUCUAAAUUAGUUAGUUAAUUGAAUUAAAUAGGAAGAGAAAGGAAGCCUGGGGGAUUUAUCGAUUGGCCUGGCAAAGGAAAAAGAAGGAACCAAACCGACCGGGACAGGAGAAGAGGAGAGUUCAAGGUUAAAUCAACAAGGGGAUAAAGGUUAUGGAAAAUGCAGAAUCUUUGAAUGUUGUGGAAGAAUGCCGGGAAAAUUCCAAUCCAAGAAAGCCUUGGAUCCUUCUUGCAGCGAGUGGAAGUGUGGCUGCUUUAAAUUUUGCUAACCUUUGUCAUUCUUUUUGUGAAUGGGCAGAAGUAAAAGCUGUAGCUACAAAGGCUGCUAUGCAUUUUAUUGAUAAAAAGGCACUUCCUAAAGAUGUGACUCUUUAUACAGAUGGGGAUGAAUGGUCUAUGUGGAAUAAGAUCGGAGAUAGUGUCCUGCAUAUUGAGCUUCGUAAAUGGGCCAACAUUAUGGUAAUUGCACCUUUAUCAGCAAACACACUUGGGAAGAUUGCUGGGGGUUUGUGUGAUAAUUUGCUCAGCUGCAUAGUGCGAGCAUGGGAUUAUGCUAAGCCACUUUUUGUUGCACCAGCUAUGAAUACAUUGAUGUGGAACAACCCUUUUACGGAAAAGCACCUCAUGGUGAUUGAUGACCUUGGCAUAAAUCUUAUCCCGCCUGUAACUAAGAGGCUUGCUUGUGGAGACUGCGGAAAUGGGGCAAUGGCUGAGCCUUCUCUCAUCUUUUCAACUGUAAGGCUCUUCUUGGAAUCACGAGGACAUUAAAGAGCAAUAGUGAGUUGAAGUGAUCUCUAACUCUUUACCUUUGCUAACUUGUAGUGUAUACCGUAUGUAAUAUCUCUCUCAUUUGUUGAAAACUGAAUGUAACAAUAUUGUUCACUAGAAUUAUGUAGUUAAAGCAUGAUUCGGUGAGUUACCAUCUGCUGAGAUUGUGAAACUGAUUGACUGAUGCGGUUGAUAGUUACAUCAAUCUGCAAAUCAAAAUUAAAAACUGUACUAAUUUCAGAGACGUUUGUUUUGAGUUUGGGGGUAUUCCUAUACUGCUUGUUUCUUAAUGAACUUUUCUCGCAGUAUUUACAAUAAUGAUCAACUAAUGUAACUUUACUGACAUUUGUAACACAUAAAAUUGUUUCCUCUAGGAGAAGUACAUUUCAG